GUGUUGCGGGGAGAAGAAGAGGAGGAGGAGGAUCACCUCCAUAAGUUGACUUUGCUGCUUUAGGGAGUUCGGGUUUUCUCAUACCCACCAAGAGCCGAUUAAAGACUAAGGAGGGGACGGCUUGACUUGUGCUGAAUCCAGUAACUUGUGUCCACGGGUCAUGGCCGGUUCCGUGUAGCGGAGCGGGCGUUUUAUUUCGGGCGGAUUCCCGGAGUUUGUGCGCUUGCAGCCGAGCGCAGCUCUCACUGCGGCUCCAAAGGGAAACCAUAUCUGGUCAAAGUAUUCGUUGCUGUCACCCAGUAGAGCCGAACUGCUAUUAAUAGCGCCGGAGGAGGUGUACGGUUCUUCAUGUCGUUGUUAAAGAAGGAGAUGGACAAGUAUAGGGACAUAGACGAGGACGAGCUGCUGAAGAAGCUCUCAGAGGAGGAGCUGCAGCGGUUAGAGGAUGAAUUAGAGGAGCUUGAUCCUGAUAAUGCAUUGUUGCCUGCUGGUCUUCGACAGAAAGACCAGACCAAGAAAGCACCAACAGGAACAUUUCAGAGAGACAACCUGCUGGCCCAUCUGGAAAAACAGGCUAAGGAGCAUCCUGACAAAGAAGAUCUGGUGCCUUUCACCGGCGAGAAGAGAGGCAAGGCUUUUGUGCCUAAAAAGAGGGUGGACCCCAUCAUUGACAACGUGACACUAGAGCCGGAGCUGGAGGAAGCUCUGGCCAGUGCUUCUGAUGCAGAACUCUGUGAUAUUGCAGCUAUAUUGGGUAUGCACACCCUAAUGAGUAACCAGCAGUACUACGAAGCGCUGGCCAGCAGCACCAUAGUCAACAAGCAAGGCCUCAACAGUGUGAUCCAGUGCACCCAGUAUAAACCUGUCCCCGACGAGGAGCCCAACGCCACUGAUGUUGAGGAAACGCUGCUGAGGAUAAAAAAGAAUGAUCCUGACCUGGUGGAGGUCAACCUCAACAACAUAAAGAAUAUUCCCAUCCCCACACUAAAGGCUUACGCUGAAGCACUGAUGAAGAACACUGUGGUUGAGAGGUUCAGUAUUGUUGGAACACGGAGCAAUGACCCUGUAGCAUUUGCGCUGGCAGAGAUGGUGAGGGUAAACACAACUCUGAAGAGUUUAAAUGUUGAGUCAAACUUUAUAACCGGGGCUGGAAUCCUGGCCCUCCUCGAGUCACUGCAGAACAACACCACACUACUGGAGCUUAAAAUCGACAAUCAGAGCCAGCCACUGGGAAACAAAGUGGAGAUGGAGAUAGCCAGCAUUCUUGAGAAAAACACCACCUUGUUAAAGUUUGGGUAUCAUUUUACGCAACAGGGCCCGCGCCUGCGUGGCUCCAACGCUAUGAUGAACAACAACGACUUGGCCCGGGUCGUCAGGUCAGAAUCAGACGGCUCCUUUACCUUCACUCUGUCAGUUCCUGAGCUGGAGAGAGCCUUUGGAAAAAAGUUCAAGUCCAAGACCAAUAAGAAAGAGAAGGCUUGAGGGAGGACCCAUCUUCCCCAAGUGUCGGACAAAUGUGUAGAAACGAUGGCUACUUCAUCCUCCUCCAAUCAUCCAUGAUCUCCAUCAUCAGCCUCUUUAUUGUUUGGUAAAUCUUGUGAACAUAAUUCUGUUAUUUUUUGCAUCUGUAAUGUGUAUUUUUACAAAUUGGCUAAGACUUCAAAAACUGCUGCUCUUUGUAAACAGCAACCAGGGAUCAGUAAUAAGAGUCAUUAGUCAUAUUUUGACACUUCCUGAUUGUGACAUAAAUGCAAUGUUAUUAUUGGUGUUUCAUAAACAAGUUGUGUUGCCAGUAGUGUUUUCUUUUCUAUAAAGACAAUGUUGACGUUCAGACACAAAUUAUAAAAAUAUACAGUAGCACAGUUUUAAAAAUCUGAGGUGACACCCAAUUUGUGUGUCAGAUAUUCCAUUAUGCAUAUUCUUUUGUGAUUUAAAGUUUGUUAUAGUGAGAUGAGUCACUUUAUAUGUAAUAUAUUUAUUUGAGAACGACCUGGUAAAAGAUUUAAAUCUUUAAAAACAACUUGUAUCAACUGCAUCUGAUGUGUAAAACUAAUAAAAAAACAAAAACAAA